GAGUUUAUGAGUUGUGAUUUCCAUAGAAAAAUAACAAAAUAUCUUACCACCUCCCAUUUCUGAUUUACACACUUUGAAUAUUCAGAAUGACUCACCAUUGGUGGGCUGAUGAAGAAAUUAACUAUGAUUUAUUCUCAUUGCAGUUUGUAGUUGUUUCUUGGUUUUCACUUUGUCCAUAUUUGCACAACAAUCAAGAAGAAAAGAAUAGCAAAAAAAAAAAGGAAAAGGAGGAGGCGAAGGAAAAAAAAGAUUGAAAAUAAGAAUGGAGAUUGUUCUUGCGAGUGCUGCCAAAAUUGUUGAGUACACAGUUGCACCAGUUGGACAGUGGCUAUGUUACUCAUUUCGCUACAGCAGCAACAUUGGGAGUGUGAAGAAUCAGGUGGAGAAGUUGCGGCUUGCUAGAGAUAGCAUGCAACAUUCCAUUGAUGCUGCUAUAAGAAACGGUGAAGAAAUUGAAGGUGAAGUUCAUAAGUGGUUGAAAGAGGUGGAUGAGAUUACAGAAUUGGUCAGAAAAGUUCUUGAAGGUGAAGAAGAAGCAAAGAUGAAGUGUUCUAAUGGGGCAUGCUUGAACUUGAAGGUGCGGCAUCAGUUAAGCCAAAAAGCAGCAAAGAUAGUGAAAGAUAUUGGUGAAGUCCUGAAAAAUGGGAGUUUUGAUAGAGUUUCUUACCGUCCUGCUCCACAGGGGAUAGUGUUUACGAGCUGUACGGAUUACAUGUCCUCUGAAUCAAGAAUGUCAACUGUGAACAGACUUAUGGAAGCAUUGAGAGAAGAUAAUAUCCAUGUGAUCGGGGUGUGGGGGAUGCCUGGUGUGGGAAAGUCUACGCUGGUAAGAGAAGUUGCCAACCAAGCAAUGGAAGAAAAGUUAUUCGAUGAGGUAGCAAUUGCAAAUGUGACCCAGAGCCCAGACCUUAGACGAAUUCAAGGAGAAAUCGCGGACAUGCUAGAUCUAAAGUUUGAUAAGGAGACUGAACCUGGAAGAGCAAUUUUUCUACGGGAAAGGUUAACAAAAAAAAAGGACAAGAAUAUUAUACUUGUUAUCCUUGAUGACAUAUGGAAGAAAUUUGAUUUGGAGGCUCUAGGAAUUCCUUCUAAGGGAUGCAAAGUAUUGCUGACAUCCAGAAAUCGAGAUGUAUUAGUUUCUGGAAUGGGCACCCAAGAGGAUUUUAGACUUGAUGUUUUAGCCGAAGAAGAAGCAUGGAGUUUAUUUGAGAAGAUGGCGGGCGAUUGUGUUAGUAAAGACCCCAAUAUGCGAAGCACAGCAACUAAGGUAGCUAAAGCUUGUGCAGGUCUGCCUCUUGCACUUGUAACAGUUUCUAAGGCAUUAAAAAAUAAGGAGUUAUUUGAAUGGAAUAAUGCAUUGCUGCUACUAAGAAGACCCACUCUACUAAGAAGACCCACUCCGAAACACCUUAACGAAAUGCACUCUAAAAGUUUAUGUAUGCAUGACGUUGUUCGUGAUGCUACUUUAAUAGCGUCAAGGGAUCAUAAUAUGUUUGUGGUGAGAGCUGAUGAUUCUUGUAUUUGUGUGGUGGAGAUCAUUCUUUGCAAAUCCCAUACAAUUUCUUUCAAGGGAUGGGGAGGCUCAAAGUUUUGGAUUUCACCCAAAUGCAACUUUCAUCACUUCCUUCAUCACUUGGUCCUUAGAAACCUGCAAACGUUGUGCCUGGAUCAAUGUGUGUUGGGAGACAUAGUUGUAAUUGGAGAGCUCAAAAAUUUAGCAAUUCUUAGCCUUCUUAAAUCCCACAUUUUGCAAUUGCCAAGAGAAAUAAGAUUGUUGACUCGUUUGCGAUUGUUGGAUUUGAGCCAUUGUUCCAAACUUGAAGUGAUUCCACCUAAUGUCUUAUCAAGCUUGGUCGCAUUAGAAGAGUUGUAUAUAGGAAACAGUUUUGUUCUAUGGGAGGCUGAAGGACUCAACAAUGCUAGCCUUGCUGAGCUAAAGAAUUUUUUGGGCAUGACGAGUAAUAAAGAACUUGAGGAAAUGAAUGCAGAUGAGAGCCCUCAUACUUCUAUGCAACCUCUCUUCAAUGAAGAGGUUGCCUUCCCUUGUUUGGAAUAUUUGUCAAUCUCCCACAUGGAUAACUUGAAAAUCUUAUGGCACACUCAUUUGGCCGUGGAUUCCUUUUACAAGCUCCAGCGUAUUGAUGUUCAAUUUUGUGAACAUCUUUCAAUCUAA